AUGAAUUUACUACGUCAACAAGCUGUUCGUCAGAUUAAAAUAUUACUCCGUUCAAUACCUGAAAUUCGUUGUAUUAAUGAUGAUCAAGCAAAUUUUGAUGAAAAACUCUAUGCAUUAACACGUGUCGAAUCAAUCCGUCAUAAAACAUCAACUAUGCCUUUAGGUCGUUUUAUAGUGUCAUUACCACAAUGCCAAGCUGCUUCAUUAAUUGAUGGUGAUCUUGAAUUUAAUAAGCAUACAAAUAUUCGCUCGUUGCCAAUCGAACAAACGAAUCAAGAAGGAGUCUUAGAUAAAGACGGUGGUUUAAGAGUACCAGUCAAUCCUUCUACAUUCAUUAAUACUGCUUUGAAUGAUUUAAUUCCAGUGUUUCGUUCUUCUUUGUUUUACGAUCAAAAACGAUAUCGAUGGUAUUUUGAUGAUUGGAGAAAAAUGCCAAAAUGGACUGAAAUAAAUGAUGAAUCUUUAAUGGAACGAAAAACGAAAAAACUUGUUGUUGAAUUCAGUUCCCCUAAUAUUGCUAAACCUCUCCAUGCAGGACAUUUACGAUCGACAUUAGUGGGUCAAUUUAUUUCAACAAUACAUGAGCGUUUCGGUCAUUCGGUCUAUCGUUUAAAUUAUCUCGGUGAUUGGGGAACACAAUAUGGUCUUCUUGCUGUUGGGUUUUCAAAAUUUGGAUCGUAUGACGAACUUAAUAAACAUCCACUUAAACAUCUUCUUGAUGUCUAUGUUCGCGCAAAUAAAGAUGAAUCGUUACAUGAGGAUGCCAUGAAAUAUUUUGCUAAAAUGGAAACAGGUGACAAAGAAGCAAUAGAUUUAUGGAAAAAAUUUCGUGAAUUAUCAAUAGAUAAUUUAAAACAAGUUUACCAACUAUUUGGUAUUCAUUUUGAUGAAUAUCAAUCAGAAUCACAAUUUAGUAAACAAGCCAAAGAAAUCAUUGAUAAACUUGAUCAACUUGGCUAUUGUAAAAAACGUGACGAUGGCGUUUUAGAAGCGACUAUUCCUUCUAAAUAUAAUUCAUUGCCACGAGAUGCUUGUGUUGUUGUUCAAAAAUCGGAUGGAACUACGCUAUAUAUAACGAGAGAUAUUGCUGCAUUAAAAACACGUUUAGAAACAAUUCCCAUUGAGAAAAUAUUGUACGUGGUAGAUUCUAGUCAAACAGAACAUUUUCGAAAUUUAUUAACAAUAUCAAAAGCAAUGCAGAUUGAUCAAGUGAAAAAUUGGGAUUUAGAUGAUUUUUAUGUUCCAUUCGGUCGUAUGAUUAAUUUUCAAACACGAAAAGGAAAAUUCGAUUUAUUAUCUGAUGUAUUAGAUGAUGCAAACGAACGAGCACAAGAAGGACUUGAUCGAUUUUUGAUUCGUAGAGAUGGAAUCGAUCAUGCUAAAGUAUCUGCGGUAAUUGGAAAAGCUUAUUUAAUUUUAAACGAUUUCUCACGUGCGCGACGUGCUGAUUAUAUGUUUUCUUGGCAUGAAAUAUCAUCGAAAGAUGGUGUUGCUUUUCUACUUCUCUAUUGUCAUGCUCGACUGUGCAGUCUAGAAAAACAAGUUAAAAUGCCUAUCGAUUGGUCAGCCAAUGUUAAUCUAUUAACAGAUCGGCAAGAACAUAUUCUUAUACAGCAAUUGAGCACUUUUCAAGAUGUACUCUUCGAUGCUUAUCGUUCGCAUGAACCAACUAAAAUUGUCCAUUAUCUUGUUCGACUUGUGUAA